AUGUCCACCCUUGCCGCCCAGAAAGCAACGGCCAAAGCUGUCAUUGAUGGAUACAAUGCGUGGAACAUGGACAAGAUAAUGGCCUAUCGAACGGAAGAUUGUACACAACAAGUCCUCCCUGCGUCUCUUGGCCGGCCAGUCAUGAACAACACCCAAUACCGCGAGCGCUUCACAGAUAGUGACAUUGGACCGUACGCGAAUGAGUACGCGCUCAUCUUGCAUUUCACGGAGGACGGGAAGCAGGUUACCAAGUUUUUGGAAUUUGUCGAUUCGGCUUUCUCCAACAAGUUCUUCAGAGAGCUGAGGGACGAGGGGCUUGGUCCGCAGUAG